ACUUAAACAACAAUAGAGGUGAAGGAGGGUUACAAAUUGCGUUGUUUUCAUUUUAAUAUGAAAAAUGAUAAUGUUCAACAUUCAAAAUCUAAUUUAGAAAUAAACAUUUCUUAACGAAACAUGCAGUUGAAAUCAAAAAUAUUUUAAGAACAUGAAAAUGAGUGAAAAUGUUGAUUUUACUUCUACAAAAUCUAAGCAAUUCAAUGCCAAAGUUCAUCAAUUGCAAGAGAUGUUGCACAGGGUUACUGCAGAUAAGUCUGGUAAUACAGGAAAAGAAUUACUUAUUCAGUUGAAAUACUUCCACAAUACACUAUCAAGCUGGGUCAAAGACAGUUAUCCUUGUUUUAAUUUAGACAACCAUGAAUUUAAUCAUGAUCGCUUUCCAAAUGCAAAAUAUGAACCUUUGUAUAACACACUUUUAGAAUUUAUUUCUCAAACACAGUCAAUAGAUGACGAGGAGCUUGAAUCUUCGCUGUUAAAAGCAGUUGCCUAUGUACUUCCAUUUCUUCCAACAGAAGUAUUGUUAUCUACUCCAAUGUCCUUGGUAACCUGUUUAUUUGAUGUCACACCAUGGAUGCAAGGACAAAUCAUUGAUAUGCUAACUCAAUAUGUUCUUCCAUUGAUGUUUUGCUUUAUUACUAAAGAUGUUUCUGAUGAACUUGCUGAAAUAAAUCUUAUUAUACCAUCGUUGAUUGCUAUUGUUUUGGAUGCUACAUCAAGUACUGGAAUAUGGACAAAAAUUAUGGAAUGUUUGAUGAAAUAUAAAUCAGAUGUUGUCACAGAUCUUCUUAUGAAUUUAGCGUAUGGCUCAAACAAGUCGUUAGAAGCUUCAAUACAUUUACUUAACAGAUAUUUUGCUCCUGUUAAUAUUGGGAGCAUGAAAACAAACCAAUCUUCGAAUUAUGAUCAAGUUGUUUUACACACAUGUCAAUCAAGCGUCUGCAAAGAUGCUGUAAAGUUUACCAAUGCUGACAAGGUUAUUUUAGAUCCGGAUAUUUGUGCAGCAGAGAGCAAAGAGCCUCCUCCUUUCUUUCUUUGUCUAAAGUGUUUUGGUGCGAUUGAAUAUAAAAGCGUUCUAUGUCUUGAUGUAAUACAGCCUGCAACCCAAGUAUCUCAAGUAUGUGAUAAUAAUGACUGUCGAUUUGGCUUUAUGAAAGCACUCUAUUUUUGUUUUUCAUUAGAUUGUGCUAUAAAAAAUGAACAUAAACCAAUGAGGUUAUGUGUGGACUGUGAUGAAAGGUUGCAUUCAAAGUUAAAAGUACCUCAUGCUAAUCAUUGUUGUUUGCAAGAAGUAUGGUCGAUUCCCAAUCCUAAAAGAAGUUAUGUAAUUGACACAAUUAUUAGGCUGUGCAAUCAAGCACAACCUGAUUUUUCAGAAAAAUAUUCACAAUUAGAGCUUGAAGUUGAUGUGCAACUAGUUAAAAAUAGACUUGCUGAUAGCUAUGAUUAUAUGGCUAAAAUGGCCCAAAGUAUUCAUGGAAUAUACCUCUUAAAUGCAAUUUGCACAAUACCUCCUUCAUCUACUUUUGAGGUAGAAGACCUCGGAAAACUGCUUGCUACUGCAAUUGUUUGGAUUGAAACAGUAGAGUAUACAAGUAAUUUUCAAAUCAAAAAUUUAAUCAAGCAGUACCGUCAGCAGACUUUAUCAUGGAUUAUGCAACUUAUGAAAUUUAAUUCUGAGCUGUACAUUUCAUGUUUACUUCCUGAUCCUCCAUUAUAUGCAAGAGUGGGUCAUCCAUGGAACAUGCUUGCAAGUGUUGUAAGAAAAGAUUUAGAACUCAUGCAACGAUUAUCUAAACUCAUUGUGCAUGAGUUGAUACCUGAAAAUAUAUGGGAGCGUGUUUUUCCAAUAUGGCUAAAGGAGAUUAAAGAACGAAUACCUCAAUCAGAUAUUUGCAAGUUUAAAAAAAUACUUGGACAAAUAUUUGGUGUAAACUCUAAUACACAUUCAUCCUAUGCUUUAUCAUUCCUUUAUAAGAGAUUACAGUCAACAGAAAUGCAAGAAUAUUUGGAAGCUUUGGUUUGGGUUCAAAUUUUAUCCUAUUUGGAUGUUCAUAUUGAUAUGUUGCCAUUGUUUGAUAUCUUCAUAAAAAUGAUAAUUGGUGUAGAAAAAAAUAUCUCAUCUACAGUAACAGCAUUUCCAUUUCCAGACAAGGUUGUUUUAGAGCGUAUGAACAGCAAUAAACUAGUAAGAAGUAAUUCACUAACACCAGGAUCACCACCACAAUCUGCAACCCCAGUUACAUCUGGAAUGCCUAUGUUACUCAAUGUAAAAGAUCACUUGACUUUCGCUGUGCUUAUGCUGGAUGUCUUAAUUAAACAGCUUACUAUACAAAAGAGUGAUUCCGACAUUCAAAUUUCUAAGGAAGAAUGUAACUCAAUUGUGAUUUUGUUAGUAUGUAUUUUGGACCAAUUGUUUAAUGUUGACCAUUCUGAACAUAUAAAUGGUGACUGCAUGCAGUGUCAGGUUAUGACAAUUAUUUUAUACCAAACCGCUCUUCUUCUUGAUUUGGUUAUAGUUGAUCAAAUCAAGUGUCAGGUUUUAUCUCACGAAUAUAGCAGGUCAAUGAAAAAGUCAUUUUCAAAGAAAGAAAAAUUGUCCAAAGACUUUCGAAACUCAGAGGACAUCCUUUCACAACCAAUUCCUGAAGAAGAUAGUAAUGAGGAACAUUUAAUUAAUGAUGAUGCUGACAAAGAUAUAUUGAAAGUUUACAAAGGAAAUAAUCUUGACAAGUUAAUGUUUAGUUUUCCUGAACUGAGAAUAAUGGAAAGUCUUUUGCAGCAACUAAAGCAUGUUUGUGACACAUCUGGUAUAGUUCAUAUAAUUUCAUGUCUGGAAGUACUUUGCUAUCGUGGUAAAUGUUUACAGGCAUUUGCAAAGAUGGAAGAAAAAUUGAUACAGAGUUUUCAGAAAAAAUUGCUUAUUCCCAGCUUGUGGAAGUUAUUGGAGUCUUCUUCAUCUAACAUAGCUAAGUUAAUUGCACCACUUCUAUUGCAUUGCUCUCUCUUGCCAUAUGGGACUGAGAUAAUAUGUGAGCGUAUAGAAAUCGAUAUCAAUGCUGAGAGUUGGAAGACAAGAUUUGAUGUUGUUGAUAAAAUUGGAUUAAUAUGCCAAUUUUUCGGUGGUGAUUUUUCCCACAAUGAACAUCCAGGAAAGUCUGUUGUUGUACAUGGGAUUACUUACUUAGCAUAUGCACUUCAAGAUGUUAAUGUGUCAGUUGCAAUGAAAGCACGUAGUAUGAUGCAAGCAAUCAAGUCUACCUCUUUAAAGAGCAUGUAUACAUAUAUGGAAGAGCACUACACUAGUAUUUCUGGGGACCAAUUGUUUAUCUUACAAAGUUAUCAAUCAAUUCAUAGCAUCAUUCCACAGCUGUCGCCAAUUAGUACUUCGUUUUUUUUACAGAUGUUCAAAAAGACAAAAAAAAUUGAUAGAAAAAAUAAACAGAAGCUUGUGCUUCAAGAUCGUAUUCUAAGUUCAAGUGGUGAAGAAGUCUUUGUUGAUUCAAUCCUGCCAAUGUAUUCUCGAAAGUUAGUUCAAGUUGUCUCUAAAUCAUCUGAAAAGGUUUCUUUAAAGAAGGUUAUCAGUCUUGUAGGUGACAUGCCAUUAAUGGCUUAUAGAAAUAGAUACACAUUGCAGUGCAACAAGCGAUGGAGAACUAAUGAAAAAAAUGUAGCUGAUUUAAAGAUGAAGAAACGUUCUCUUAUUCCUGGAGAUUUUCAAUCAACGCUAGAGUGCACUUUAGAUACUGUUAACGAGGAAAAGGAAUUAAAAGAAGAAAGAAAACCGCAUAAUUCUCAUAACAUUUUAUUAGAAGAUUUAGUCAACCAUGAAGAUGAAGUUUUCACAAUUCUCAUUGAAAUGUUGGUUUCUUUUUUAUCUUCCAAAAUCAAUGAUAAAGUUGAAAGUGAUAAAAGUUUAGGUUCUACUAUAAUUGAAGAGAUUAAAGACAUAAUACAUUUUCUUGGUAUUCUUCUUGGAUUAGAAGAAGUCUCAGGUAACUGGCAUGCUAGCAACAAGCUUAACCUUCGGUUAUUAAGAAAGUCUGCAACAUUUUCUACCCUUUUAAUAAAUCUUCCGCAACUGCUUGAUCGUAGUAUUACUUAUGGUUCACAUUUUAUUCAACUUGUGCUCACUUUACUUCGGCUCUGUGUGAGAAGAACAUUGACAGAUGAUGUUUUUAUAGAUAAAAUAACAAUCUUACGAUUAGAACCACAUUUGCAGCAUUCGUGGCUAACUAUACUUAUUAUUAUUCUUUAUAAGCAUUCAUUUCAUGAAUAUAAAAAAGAAAUUUGGGAGCUUGUGAAUAUAGUGCGCAAUACAUUAGAUGCUCACAAUCCACACUACUGUCAAAAUGUUUCACUAUCAAAACCAUUUUCACUUGCCACAAUGGCAAGUGCUAAGAUACUCGCCAAAAAGGUUAAUCGCACAACCCGUCAAAAUCCAACUUACAAUGAAGAAUUUGAUGAGCAUAAUUGUACAGAUAAUGCCAAUGCGUCAGAUUCAAAAUUGAAUGAGAAAUUUGGUGUGACAGGUGCUCCUAUCCAAUCUUCUGAGGCAGUUUUUGGAUGUCAUACAAACGAAGAAGAAAUGUUAGAAUAUACUGUAAAGCAUUGUGCAGUUUGUAAACUUGAAUUGUUUACUUUUGAUGAAGAGUCUAUAACACUAUGUAUGGUUUCAUUAUUAACAUUCAUACAUAUGGAUCCAUCAUUAGCUGCACCUUUUAUUAUUGAUGUCAUACAAAGUGUUACUCGAAAAGCACAGAUUCCAAGUUUGACUCCUGAUUCAAAGCGAAAUCCCACAAUGACUUCCACAUCAAGUGUAGCAAUACAAUUUCUUCGCUGUGUUUUUUAUAAGUUAUCAUCAAACAGAUUAUUUUUGGAACUGUUUCGAGUUGAUAGUGAAAAUGAUGAGUUAUUUUUAAAGAUGGCAGGUUUGUUGCAGGACAGUUCCAGUUUAACUCAACUGGACCCUUUGAAACUUGCACUUCAAGAUUUGUUAGAUAGUCGUUCAGCAGAUUUGAUAAUGGUAUUCUUACACAAUAUUUUUGUGUAUACCAGGUGUGUCAUUAACACUCAUACAAAUCAAUGGAGCUCCAUGCAGAGUGUUUUUAAAGAUUUUUUAAAGUUCUUACCAACAGUUAUGCCACUUGCUAAAAACAUGGACUGUGUUCUUGAUACAAUGUCUUUACUCUUAUCUUCUCAAAAGGCUCUUGGAGUGGUCUUGAUUGAUCACAUCGAUGACAUAAUGACUCACAUAAUAAAGAACUGCACUUUUGGUGCUACCUCUUUGCAGUUAUUGUGUACAGCAUGUGUGGAGUGUUUUGCAAAGGACAAAAAUUCAGUUAAGUUCUCACGUGAGCAGUUGAAGCUAACUCGUAAAUUGUGCUUGCUACUUUCAUCAGUUUUAACUAAUAAAUCUAGUAUGCCAGAAUCAUCAUUAACAAAACUAAUUCAGUUCUUUAGUCAAGAGUUGGGAACUAAAUUUGACUUUCCGAGACAAGUUCACAUUCUACCAAAACAAGUUUUGAAAACCAGCAACGCUAUGGAAUGUUUGGAAUUAAACCAUUAUCAUGAUUUACUUGAGUAUAUGAAAGCACCGUUACAGAAGCUGAAGGAUUCAGACAGUGAUAAACUAACUGUGGACUCUUUUGAGAGCUAUAUCACACUUGCAAUAUCUCAAUUACUUGCGUGUUAUGCAAACAAAAACUCAAAAUCAAAGAUCAGCAUUAAAAUUAUGUCAAUUUUUGACUCUUGCACCAACGACAGGUUCAAUGGUCAAGCAGUUUACUUUGACUACCAUGAAAAUUUUAUGCAUGUGCGUUUUUUGGCUUGGAUGUAUCUUGCAACCAUAAAUCACUACAACAGAGUGAAUAAAGAACAACUUGAGUUCAUACCAAAAAAACACUCUCUGCGAAUUGCAACACUAAUUGAUCUGCUAUUACGAACUGCACUUGAAAAUGAGAAUAAAAGUUUCAAGAAUUUCACCUGUCUUCACUUCUCUUUUCUUCUUGCUCAAAUAUGGACAGUGUACAUGGAAAUAACUGCUGAUCCAGAAGCACUUUCUUAUAUAAGGGAGUUUUGGGCUAAAUUGACAUCAACAGUUUAUACUCUACUACAAACCACAUCUGAGACUCAAUUAAAAACCAUGCAUUUGUUUUCUUCUAUGGUAGAAAAUUUUUCUGUUUUAUGUCCACGCACAUUUUCUCAGAUUUUUCCACUUUGGAUGCCGUUAAUGCAACUGUAUAUAAACGAGAUUCCUUCAAAAUUUCUUGAACGUAUUAACUCUCAAAAAAAAGCUGUUGAGAGCAUAAAUAAACGCGAUGAGCUUUUAAUGCCUUGGAUUAUCGACAUGCACAGGCAAUUAUGGAAAAAUGAAAAAACACGUCAAUUUCCUAAUAAUCUAUUGAAUAAUUCUUUAGCUUAAUGAUCAUUAUUAAAACAACCAAGUUUAAAGGUGGAGAUUUAACAUAGUAUUUCCUCAUGGCACGUUGUUCAAAUUCAUUUCCGAACAGAUAUCGCACGAGGCCCUCUAAAAUAACCUUUUUAUUUUCUCUUUUUAUUGAAGGGGAGUUGAUCCAAACUACUCUAGUUAGUAUGAGCUUGUUAAAUUGUGAACCAAAAGUUGUUGAAUUCCACACGCAAAAACAUUCAAAAAAUCACAAAAGAUAAAGAAUUAGAUCGAGUUUUGUUCUUACUCUCAGGAGUUGUUUUGGACGUUUUGGUUGCGUCAUUGCUUUGGCUGCAAUCGUUCUAGUUGUGUCGCUGUCAUAACUCUGACGGCGGAAAAUAGGAGAUUUUUUAAUAUAUAGUUUUUAUUUUAUUUUAUAAGUAUUUACAAGAUGAGACGAUUCCCAUACUACAAAUA